ACUGCAGAGUAAUUUUAUUGUUAAUUACAACUUCGUAUACUCGUGUCGUGUACUUUCUUCAUUUCUUGUUUACUGCAAAUAUUAUCAAUAUGGAUAGAUUUUUAAGUACAACGUCCAACAAAAGAGUUUGUCUGGAAAAAGUUGAUGACCCACCUGCUGUUGACGUUUCGGCACCAUUGUCAGAAUUUAAAUUUCAAUAUUUAUUCGAUACGUUUUAUAAACUGGUGUCAAUAAAUGGUGAUAAAAUCAAAGCUUCUUGUCAAAAUUGUCAUAAAGUCAUUACUGCAUAUAAAACUUCAAGUGGCAACUUAUUAAGUCAUAUUAAGAGUCAACAUACCUUUUUAGUGUCAAAAGUUGAAGAUGCUAGGAAGAGAAAGAAUGAAUCAACUCAAUCAACCUCGUCUACCUUUAUCCAAUCUAAAAUAUAUGAUUCUACCAAAAAAGUUUCAAAAGACAAGAUAAAUGAGUUGGUAUUUAAUUAUAUAGUUAAUGAAAUGAGACCACUGAUUACAUGUGAAAAGCGUAGCUUUCGAGAAUUAAUUAUGGGACUUACUGGAAUUAAAGAUACUUCUAUUUUGCCAAACAGAAUUCAAAUAAAAGCUCAAUUAACAUCCAGAUAUGGAUUAUACGUGCAGAUGCUUACAGAUUUGAUACAACAGCAUAAUUAUAUUUGUGCAACUGCAGACAUUUGGAGCUCAAACAAUAAAAGCUUUAUGGGUAUGACGUGCCAUAUGAUAAAUGAGUCUACAUAUGAACGAACUUCAUAUAUUUUAGGAUGUAGAAGAAUGAUGGGAAGUCAUAACUAUAUUAAUAUUGCUGAGAUGAUGACUGAUAUAACUGAAACAUACAAAUUGGACCAUUCAAAAAUCACUCAUACUGUCACAGACAACGCCAGUAACUUUUGUAAAUCAUUUAAAACAUUUUCUAAACCUUUACCUGAUGUACAUCAGAUAAAUUCUUGUACCUUCGGAAAUUUCAAUGAAGAUAGUGAUGCUGGUAACUGUAGUACUGAUACAGCUGACGAUGAAGAUACAAAUUUAAAUUUAGUAGAUGUCUAUGAAGUACUCUCAACUCCAGUGAUAUCUGACACAGCGAAUGAUAAUUUUUCUCUACCAUCACAUAUUACUUGCUGUGCCCAUACGUUAAAUUUGAUAGCAACACGUGAUAUUUCUUCAAUUGAUGAUAGUAAAUACAAAAAAAUGUCGGAAUUGUCAUUCCAAAAAUUGCAAAGCUUUUGGAAUUUAUUAAGUAGGAGCACGGUUGCAUCUGACAAAGUGUUUGAAAUAUGUGGUUGCAAAUUUCCCGUCCCUAUUAUGACAAGAUGGAACUCAUUAUUCGAUGCAACUAAAAAAGUACUGCUUCAUAAAACUGAAGUUAUUAAAGCAUUUGAAGAAUUACGUUUAACAAAAUUAAAGGCAAAUGAAUGGGAUUUCUUGAAGGAAUACUGUAAUGUAAUGGAACCUUUAACAAUUUCUUUGGACAAGAUGCAAUGCGAAAAAAAAGGUUUCUUAGGCUAUGUUGCACCUAUUAUUUUAGUUUUACGCCGCACUUUGAUAUUGUUAUCAAAUUUAAAAUACUGUAGACCAUUGUGUAUUAAAAUAGUACAAAGUUAA